AUGGCCACUAGCUUCCGCCGAUCGAUCGUGUGCUGCUGGGGUUUGCUUGCCGUCGUCGGAUGGUUCGUUCCGAUCGCCAAUGGUGAGCCGAACCCGAUCUGUAAAACGCUGCCCGCCAUGGACAAGGGUAACCACGAUAAGGGCUGUUGCGACGUACCGCAGGUGUUCAACAACCAGUCGCUGCACGAGUGCUUCGGUAGCAUUCCCGAGGGUCCGCCGAGUCCCCAGAGUGGUUGUGAGCUCGCGCAGUGCAUCAUGAAGAAGCAUGGAUUCGUGAAGUCGGACGGCCGUUUGGAUGCCGAUCAGAUCCGCGCGUACAUUAAGGACACGAUCAAGGCUUCGAGCGAGAUGAAGCGACUGAUGGAGUCGAUCGUGCUGGAGGAGUGUGGUCCGAUGAUAGAGGCAGAGCGUGCCAACAUUGAGAAACUACUGAAGCCGGCCAUCGGCCAGUGCUCCGAUCCGAUUCCGGCCAUGCUGAUUACGUGCGCCGGCGGCAAGUUGCACACGAAAUGUCCGACCGAAAGCUACACUGAUUCCAAGCUGUGCAACGACUUCAAGAGCUACUUCUCCACCUGUACCGGGUCGGUGGAUGAUGUGAGGGAAAUGUUUAUGGCAUUCCAAAUGCACACGCUGCCCGCAGGAAACCCAUAA